CUGGCUGCGAUGACCUCAUCCCUUGGUGUGGGAUGACGUCAAAUUCAAGAUGGAUGGAAUCACGGCGGCGCGCGCGACGGCAUCGUAAAGGGAGGGUGAGGCAAGGGGGGAUCCCCGUCCUGCGGCGGAAUCGCCUAUCUGAUAUACAAACUUCAAGGUAAUCCCAAUUUAAGGAGCAAGUGUGAUCCUGAAUGUAGGAUUUCUGUGGCUUUGAGGUGUACUUAAGAAGAGAAAAGGAAAGCUUUGUGAUAAACCUAAAUCAUGGAGGGACUCUUACAUUAUAUAAAUCCAGCACAUGCUAUUUCUCUCCUGAGUGCUUUAAAUGAAGAACGUCUGAAAGGGCAACUCUGUGAUGUUGUUCUUAUAGUAGGAGAUCAAAAAUUUCGAGCCCAUAAAAAUGUUCUGGCUGCCAGCAGUGAAUACUUUCAGACUCUGUUCACUAAAAAAGAAAAUGAGUCUCAGUCAGUUUUUCAGCUUGACUUCUGUGAACCAGAUACUUUUGACAAUGUUUUGAACUACAUUUACUCCUCAUCGUUGUUUGUUGAGAAAAGCAGCCUUGCGGGUGUGCAAGAAGUGGGAUACAGUCUUGGGAUUUCCUUUCUUACAAACAUUGUCUCUAGAAACCCUCAAGUUCCUUUACCUGCGUGUCCCAUUAAGAAAAUACUUUUCCAAGAGGAAGAUGAAAGCAGCUCCCAGAAAAGAAGUGUCAUAGUUUGUCAAAGCAAAAAUGAAACACAAGAGGAAAAUGUUGGUCACAUCUCAUGUGACAUAAGCCAUAAUUCUAAACCCUUGUCUGCAGUUGCUGUCAAAAGUAAGAUACCACAAUUAACUCAGCCAACUGAGUUUUUACAUAGCUUAUCACUAAAUGAAAGGAGAUGGCUGAAAGACAGUUCUUUAAGAUACUCAAAAUCCCAUGGAACCUCAGGUGCAGUGGACGAUCAAAACAGAACGAGGAGGAAUGCAGUCUUAUUACAGGAACCAUUUCCAGACAAGGAUUCGGUGGCAGAUGAAUCUGGAGGAAGCAAUCAGCUCCUAAAAGGAAAGAUAACUGAAGUGCCUUUGAAAAGGCCUUGUCCACCAGUUGUAUCUCUGUGUAACUCAUCAGAAUCUACAUUUUUGUUAAGAGAGACAGGAAAAGGAUCUGGUUCAAGAGAAGACAGGAAUUUGUUGUACUAUUCAAAGUUAGGAUUAGUGGUCCCUUCUAGGGUAUCUGGUCCUGAAAACCAAAGUAUCGACAGAAGCGGACCACUUGUUAAAAGUCUCCUUCGAAGAUCACUGUCCAUGGAUAGUCAAGUUCCUCUCUAUUCGCCGUCUUUUGACCUGAAGCUUUCCCAAGCAUCUCCAGUGGUGAACAAAACAGAAGGGACAAUGUUAAAUGUAGUCUCUCAAAAGACAUAUUCAGAAAAGGCAACUCCUGAUGACAAAACACAGGUAAUACACCCACAUCGCCUUAGAUCCUUUAGUGCCUCCCAGUCAACAGACAGGGAGGCAGCUUCUCCUCUUAGGGAAAUACGAAUAAAAACUGAACCUAGCAGCCCACUCGCUGAUCCUUCUGAAAUAAUAAGAAUUACUGUGGGGGAUGUGUCAUCAUCUGUCAAUAAAAUCAACCCUGUUAAAACUGAAGAUGAACAUCAGGAUCUCAGUAGACUUCCAGCUAAAAGGAGAUUUCAAGCUGACAGAAGGUUGCCACCCAAAAAAAUAAAGUUUAACGAACAUGCUUCCCCUGAGUCUGAGGAUAAUUUUGAGGAAAACUCAAAACCUAUACCUUUUGUUGAUUACCCAGAUUCAGACAUUAGCAAAGAUGAAUGUGGUGAACUAGAAGAAACAAAGCCUAGCAAAAAGUUUAAGUGCAAGCACUGCCUUAAGAUUUUCAGAUCUACGGCAGGCCUUCAUCGUCACGUCAACAUGUACCAUAACCCCGAGAAACCAUAUGCUUGCGAUAUUUGCCAUAAGAGAUUUCACACAAACUUCAAAGUUUGGACACAUUGCCAGACACAGCAUGGGAUUGUAAAGAACCCUUCACCUGCUUCCAGCUCACACACUGUGCUGGAUGAAAAAUUCCAAAGGAAAUUAAUUGAUAUAGUGAGAGAACGAGAAAUUAAGAAGGCUCUGAUUGUUAAACUAAGGCGUGGUAAGCAAGGUUUUCAGGGACAGGCUGGGUCGCAGGCCCAACAAGUUAUUAAGAGAAACCUAAGGUCAAGAGCCAGAGGAGCCUACAUUUGCACCUACUGUGGGAAAGCAUAUCGCUUCCUAUCACAGUUUAAGCAGCACAUAAAAAUGCACCCAGGGGAAAAAUCAUUUGGAGGAAAUAAGGCUUUUAAACCAAAAGAGGAUACUUGCAUUGAAAGUCCAGUAGAAAGCAAAAAGAUUUACCAGUGUCGUCUUUGUAAUGCUAAACUUUCUUCUAUUAUUGAACAGGGAAAUCAUGAGCGGCUCUGUCGGAACGCAACCGUUUGUAUUUACUGCAGCCUUCGAUUUUCGUCUCUAGAGCUGAAGCAUGACCAUGAAAUCACAUGCGAAUAUAAGAAGCUCACUUGCCUAGAAUGUAUGCGCACUUUCAAAUCCUCCUUCAGUAUUUGGCGUCAUCAAGUUGAAGUCCACAAUCAAAAUAGUAUGGCUCCCACAGACAAUUUUUCUUUACCCAUUCUGGAGCACAACGGUGAAGUUAAUAAUGCUCCAAGGCUACAUUGCCAGUCAGAGACGAACAGAAUGAACAACUUUGUUCCACCCAAAGAAGAUAGUGAUUCCUCAGAACAUACUAAUUUUGAUUCAGAAGAUUCCUCGUGCCUCCCUGAAGAUCUCAGCAUUUCCAAACAAUUUAAAGUUCAGAUCAAAGAAGAACCUGCAGAUGAUGUAGAGGAAGAGAUCUCUGAAGGCAGUCAGGAGCACAAGGAAAUGCUGGCUAAUAAAGAUUCUGGUCUAUGGCCCUGUGAAAAGUGUGGGAAAAUUUUUACUGUACACAAACAACUAGAGCGUCAUCAGGAGCUUCUGUGCUCUGUAAAGCCCUUCAUUUGCCAUGUGUGCAACAAGGCCUUCCGAACCAAUUUCCGUUUGUGGAGUCAUUUCCAGUCCCAUAUGGCACAACCUUCAGAGGAGCCGGUGCGUAAGGAAACUGAAAUAUGCACAUCAGCUCAUUCUCCAUCGCCCCCACCGUUGCCUCCGCCCCCACCCCUUCCCAAAAUACAACCUUUGGAACCUGAUAGCCCUACAGCCUUGUCAGAAGCCACUUCAGCCUCUGAAAAAUUGUUUGUUCCACAGGAGUCUGACACUCUUUUUUAUCAUGCUCCACCCCUUUCAGCUAUCACAUUCAAAAGACAGUAUAUGUGCAAACUCUGUCACCGAACAUUCAAAACUGCAUUUAGCCUUUGGAGUCAUGAGCAGACACAUAAUUAAAAAAAAGUACAAAUAGUGCCUACAGGGAGUUUUAAAAAAUUAUUUAAUUUCCAUGAUGUUUCUUAUUCUGCAUCAAUGGAGUGAAAUGUUUGCACAUACAUAUAGAGAGACAAGAAUCUAACAAAAUUUUGAUGCUAUUUUGGUCAUGGAAAUUAUGAUAAACUGAUUUAUCUGCAGAGUAAAUUGUUCACAUUUCCAAGUAUUACGAUCUAGGGUUUCCUAGGUACAGAAUAUAAUAUUCAUUAAAAUCUGAUUAUACCUUCCUUAUUCUGUGAUACUAGUACAUAUGCCUUCAUAUAAAAAGCAGUAAUGGGACUCCUGCAACUAAUUUUUGUUUUUACAGAGAAUGCUUUCCUUAGCUCCAUAUAAAUAUUGGUUUUUUUCAUUUGAUCAUAAGGGAAGAUGUGGUUUGAGUGUGUUGCUGUGUUGACCUUGAAUGCUAGCAAUAACAAAUAAAACCUCGUUUGAAUUAACUUGACCAUAAUUGAAAACCUUGAUUUACAUGGAUUUUUUUGUUACUGACAUUUUAUGUAUGGAUAUUGUACAAGAUACAAUACAAUUUGAAGUUAGCAAUAUGUGAAUAUUUGGAUUUUUAUAUGUAAAGUAGCAAUCAGCAUGCAUCCAGCCUGCUGCCAGCUAUUUCAAAGAAAUUUUGAAGGAAGAGUGUAGGAAUAAAAGGCACUUCUUUAUUUAAUUUGAUCCCUAGAGGUUGAUACUCUAGAUAUUUUGGUAAUCAGAAUUAUGUGAUGAGCAUCAGGCAGCAGAUAUCUUAAUUCAAAUUAUAUUACUUUUGCAAUGAAACAGCUUUGAAUGAGUGUUAAAAAUUAUAUUGUAUGUGAUUUUUUCAGACUUGUUUUUUUGUGGUGUGUUUUAUUACAAUAGAAAAUUCAAAUGUAAAUAUUUACAUAUGUGUAAAUAAAAUAAAAUGCAGAUUUUUUGUUAAGUAUGCCUGGGUCACAAAAGGUGGAAAUGUGACAUAACAAAUGUAGUAUUUGAUAAAUGCAGGACUCGGAAUUAGCAGAAUGUUUCUGUCUAUCCUAUAACAUACUUUGGGCAUUGUUAUACAUUGGCUUAAAGAUUUGAUUAAAACAUUUGAGUCACAGUCAAGUGUAGAAUUAAGCAUGAUUCAGACAAAAGAUUUCACUGGGCCUACCUAACAUACCUAGCAUAUCUAACUUCACCUUAUUGUAACAUUGGACUACAAUCAUGCUUGCUGUUAAGAGCAUGUAAACCCCACUCACUCUACACCUGUUUCUAAGACAAUGGUUAGCAUACAUUUCCAAAAUAUUCUUAUAUGCUCAGAUUAUGCAGUGCAUAAUCUGUGUAAAUAGGGAUCUAUAUCCGUUCAUUCACAUAUUUAUUCAAAUAUACAAGAUAUUGAUUAUCUUGCCAUUGAGAAAGAUAAGUGGAACCGGGUGACAUAUAACAGUGUUUCCCCCUAAAUGGCAAAGUAGAAAGAUUAGCUUAGAUAUGAACUGCUUUCCAUUCUUUUUUCUGAUCAGGAAUUCAAAUUUAAAACUGACUCACAGCUAGUGACAUCUUAGACUUGCUCUAAUGUGCUUACAUGUUAAGAAAUGAGGGCAUUAAUGCUGCAAAUGCAUCAAAAUUAGUUUGUGAUUAAUUGCUGGUUUGUUGUGGCAUAAGAUAGCAAUGUUUGGUGUUUAGCCCUAACUGGGUAAUUAUGAGAUUCAUUCAUGCUUUAAUUACAAAGAGUGGAAGAAAUUUUGUGUUUGAAUAUAUUUUUAUAAGUUUGGGUGCCGGUUUUGUGUGCUAAGGCUUUUAUGUUUUCGUUUCUGAAAAAACAGCUCAAUGCUCCUACUGGGAAUAUUUUAAAACUUCUGAAUACUAAAAAUUAGGACUGGUUUAGAAGCAGAUUUUGCUGAAGAAAAGGGAAAUGCUUUACAUAAAUGUGAGUAAAAUGCCACCGCUCCUGGGUAUGUAUUCUGCUUUUCUUUUAAAUGUAAUCCAAGCGGUAAAGCUCUGGGGCAGGGGUUCAGAAAGUAUGGUUCCUAAAGCUAUUUGCGUUUCCCGCUGGCUAAAAUUUCUGCUCCCAAAGAGGACUUUAGGCCCCGGAAAAGCCUUUUCCAACAGGAGGUGAGCCUUUUAAGUGGAGAAAGGCUUUUUCUUGCCUUAAAAUGGCCCAUAGAGAAUAAAACUUGGAGAGAAGAUGGUUCUAGCGGCAAUUUUUUCCCCAGUCAGUGUGUCCAUGAUUCCUAGCAAGUGACCAUGUCAGCUCUAGAGUUAUGAAAGGUCUACAAAGCAUUGAGCUUUCAGACUCUGUUCCCAUUGAACUCCAAUUAAUGCCAGUGGAGGCCCUCACUUCCUGGAGAUGUUCUGCAAGGUGAAAUACAAAAUAUCUAGAGAGUAGAAGAUUCCUGACCUUUGCACAUAAUUCAUGUAGGGGCCAUUUGUGAGUUUUUACCAAAAUAAGUUAGAAUUGCAGCUUUCCUCAUAUUUUGUGCUCGCCAUUUUUUUUAAAUGUCCUAUAAAGACAUUUUGUUUCUGUACUGCAAACAAAUUGCAAUAAUUCUCUAAAUAACAAAUGUUGCACUGACAUUUUAAAUCUCUUCCCUAAAAAGCUGUAAUGUAUUCCCAGUUUAUCUUCAUUUGAAGAAGUUAAAUGAAUUAACUGGAGUUGUUCAGAAUAAAAGGAAUUCCUGGAGAGUUUUAACAUACUCUGUUGUGGGCCCUUUCACGUUACAAAACUAUAGCCCUCUGAUUCCACUUUAAAUGCCAUGGCUACAUCCUUUGGAACUGUGGAAUCUGCAGUUUCAAGAGGAAUGUUUAGCGCUGUCAUCCAGAGAGCUGUAGUGCCUCACCAAAUGACAAACCCCCAGGUUUGAAGGAUGCACCAUAACAUUUAAGGUGGAAUUAUAGAGCUAUAAUUGAGAUAUGUGAUAGGACUCUUGUCCCUUGGUAUCACAUGCUAUGUAACGCAUAUUCACAAAUGGUCAGUGUUACUUGCGUACAAAGAAAAUGAAGAAUGUGAACCAAUUGUGAACAUUUUUUUUCUACGAGUUGUAUAACAAGUUUUAUACUGUCAGUUUCCGUUUUUAAAAGUGUGCUAUGGCUAUUCAAGAAAUAGGGCUUUUCCUUAGAAAACAAUAACAAAGUAGUAUAUGCCAUAGAUGUAUUUCCUAAUGGUGAGACUGUUGUGAUUUUUUUUCUAAAUCUGUUAAUGGUUUUUAUAUUUAAGAAACAAACCUUGCCUCUCAAUUUUUUGUAACUGUUAAAACAGGUUUCCCUUCUAACUUUUUAUUCAGUGCUUUUAAAAAGACUCGAGAGUGUUUUAUUUUGGUGCACAUGGAAUAAAUAUACUUCCACCAAAAGAUUAAUAUAUGUUUUAAAAGUUAUAAAUUAUGGAAGAUAUGUUUAUUAUAUAGUCUAAAUCUUGUUCAAGGAAUAUAUUAAGUUUGACCAUAAUAAAAAAAUAAAGUGCAAUCUUAGUUUGUUAUUAUCCUGUUUAAUUUUUGCUAGGAUAUUGUCUUUCUGUAAGGAAGGGGGUGUGGGAUUUUUGCUUGAAUUUAUAUUUUUAUCAUAUAAUGUUCACAAUUUUCCAGAUGUGGAAGGAAUUAGAGCAUGCAGCAAGACAAUAACAGGCUUAAAAUGUUUAUUGCAGUGUUUUUUAUCUUGGCUGUUGAUGAGAUGGACAGAAUGUGUUUCUCUUCCCUGUGAUUGCUUAAUAUGAACAUGUCAAUAUGAACAAAAGAAGUCCUUGAAAUUAAAAGAAUUUAAAUAAG